AUGGGUGAAGGAAUGAGUUACAGAGAAAUGGCUAAGGAACUUGCUGAAACCGAGGAAGAGCUAGAAACUUUAAGAGUGGAUGAAGAAGUGGAGAAGCUGAAUGGUGAGAAGACUAACCUGAGAAGAGAGUUGGAAGCACUUACUAUUUGGAUGAGUGAGGAACUUGAAGCUAGAAGAAAGGCUGAAGAUCAAAUCCAAGAUAAAGAGCAUGAAAUCUUUAAGAUCAAACCUCAUAAGAUAACAAAGGAAGCAAUCCAUGCAGUAACUGGAUUCUAUUCAACUGGUGAAGUGCCAUUACUGAGUAUACUGAAAGCAACAAUAAACACUGCAUACCAAAUGGUAAAGGAGAAUGUGGACUGUGAUCUUGAAGGGGCAUUAAGGAGCCAAUUAAUGGCAAAUCUAGAAGCUGUGAAGAAGGACAAGAAAGAACGCAUACCAACAAAAGUAGUCAAACGAUAUGAGAAUUCCAUUUAUUUUAUGGUAGACAUGGAUACAUGCAUGAUAGAGGUUGUGAUUCCCAGGACCACAUGGAUACUGCCCAUAGGAUAUGAAGUAGACAAAGAUCUACUCAUUGCUUAUGCUGAUCAUUUUCUAGAUCAAUUGGUCGAUACCUCCACUGAAAGGUUUGGAAAAUUUAAGGAGAAACUACUUCAAGUACACUUUGAAUUGCAGCGAAUAGUAAUAGAAAAGAAAAUGAGGAAAGAGGUGGAGGCCUAUGCUAAACAUGUCGAAUUCACUAAGGAACAGAUAGCAGCAGCAAGAGCCAAACAUGAGGCCGAACAAAGUGGGACUUCUAGUGGACCAAUCGGUACCUCCACUGGUAAACUUGUUGAACCUCUUGUUGUGCCUGCCCAAACUGAUAUAAGAAAGAAGGAAAAGGCUCAUAAACCGGUGACAGAUGUAGAGGAGAUAGAAUCAAAAGAAGAUAAGAGAGCACUAAGGGCAAGUGAUAAGAAGCAGAAGACUACUGGUAAAGGUAAAGCAUCUAAAAAACUAUUUACCUUAGAAGAUUAUUUUAGUAGAAUGCUUCGAAUAAUUAAGGAAUAUGGGAUAUACAAAGGUUUGAAUACAUUGUUUGUUCAUUUAUCUGAAAGUCAACAAAGGGAGAUUGAAGAUGCAGUUGUCUUUAGUAUGAAUAAAUAUAGUACAUCCCUCAUUGAGUUGCAAGGGGAGAUUCCAGAUUCUUUAUAUAAUUUGAUUGAUGCAAGGUGGCAAGCGACAAUCAGCCUAAAUAAGGAAUUUAUUAAUUAUACACUUGAACACUUGCAACUGAAAGCAACUGAAGAGGAAAUUGAACAGAUAAAGGUUAAUACAAAAGCAUUGUUUAGAUCAAUGAAAAGAUUAACAAGAAUUAUUAUUAGAGAGACCGAAUCAGUUCAAAAGGAGACUGAUAUUUUAAUGAAAAAUGCUUUAAGUCUCAUCCCUGAUGAAGAAGAGGACAAAGAUGAAGAAAUUGAGGAUGAUACCCCUGUAAAGCCAAAGUAUAAAGAACUUCCUGAAGGAGUAAUGAUCAUAGAUUUUGAACCAGACAACAAGUAUAUGCAAGAUGAUCAUAUUGAUACUGAACAGAAAGAUAAAAUUGAUAAGGAAGAGGAAGCACUGGUGAAAGAACAAAUUGUUCAAAAUCCACCAUCGGUCAAGGACAUCACUAAUGAAGAGAAGAUAGAAAAAGAUAAGGAGGAAGAGAAGAAAACAGAGAAGGUGGAAGAAGAAAGGGGGACUGAAUAA